AUGAGCUCGAAGAAAUAUGCCUUCGUCCCCAUGGACGACCCCGAGCCGGCGGUCUCGAAGAAAAAGGAGCGCAAGCACCGUUCGGAGCACCGCGAACGACGACGGGACAGGCACCGGCGCAAAGAGGACGACUUUGACGAUCGCUGGGGCGACGAGGAAGCAGACCCCGAGGAGGAGGCUCGAGAAGCUGAGGAGCCAGAGUUCCGCGAGUCGGCUUCGAAACGAGUCAAGCUGUCUCAUGACGAUGGCGACCGUUCAGACACGCCGUUGGACGACUCGGAGAAGGAGGCUCGCCGGGACCGCGAGGAGCGUGAUGCUUUCGCCAGGAGGCUGCGCGACAAGGACGACGGCAAGAGCAGCAAGAAGGUCGUCGAGGAUGCCUUGGAUCGGCGCCGGAAGCUGGCGGACGACUCAAAGGCGCGCGACGAAGCUUUGCCUGAUCUCCGAGAACGUUCCCGACAGGACUACCUGAAGAAGCGUGAGGCAGAGCGUCUGGCUCUGCUACGGAAACAAGUUGCCGAAGAAACAGCAGAGUUGCGCAGUGGCGCUAGGCUGUCUGAGAAGGAAAAGGCCGAGUUCGCGAAGAACAGGGAGGUCCUUCGGCUCGCAGAAGAGCGGUUGAAAAUUGAUGAUCACCGCGAUGGAUAUUACAUGCCGGAGGACUACAUCACACAAAAAGGAAAGAUUGAUAGGAAGAAGAAGGAGGACGCACUAUACAAGAGAUAUGUCGAAAAAGACGAGUAUGGCCAGGAGAAGUUUGUCACGGAGCAUGAGGAGUGGGAGCGGGAGCAGGCUUCUAAGGCGAAAGCCCAGAUACAGCGAGCAGAACGCGAAGAUGACGGCCAGUAUGACUAUGUACUAGAUGAAGACCAGUAUGUGAAGUGGAAGCUGGACUUCACGAUGGCUGGGGAGCAGAUGACCAAGGAGCAGAGAUUUCUUCAGGCACAGAUCGAUGCUGCAGAAAAGAAGCAGCUUUCGAUCCAAGAGACUAGGAAAAGCCUCCCGAUUUACGCAUAUCGAGACGAGUUUAUAGCAGCACUGGAGGAGUACCAGAUUCUUGUUAUCGUUGGAGAAACUGGUAGUGGAAAGACAACUCAGCUACCGCAGUAUCUUCACGAAGCAGGCUACACCAAGGAUGGCAUGAAAGUUGGAUGUACACAACCUCGAAGAGUUGCAGCAAUGAGUGUUGCAGCUCGGGUGGCCGACGAAAUGGACGUCAAGGUUGGCAACGAGGUUGGGUACUCGAUUCGUUUCGAGGACAACACAUCCGACAAAACCAUUGUCGAGUACAUGACUGAUGGUAUGCUGUUACGGAAAAUGAUGGUUGAACCUCAUCUUUCAAGCUUCUCGGCUAUCAUGGUUGACGAGGCUCACGAGAGAACUGUUCAUACCGACAUCUUGUUGGCCCUCCUGAAGGAUUUGGCACGGGAAAGAUCUGAUCUGAAGCUACUCAUUUCAUCUGCGACUAUGAAUGCGGCCAAAUUUGCAUCGUAUUUCGAUGACGCCCCUAUCUUCAACAUUCCUGGUCGUCGGUACCCUGUCGAUAUCUACUACACUCCUGCUCCCGAAGCCAACUACCUGGCUGCUGCUAUUACAACAAUUUUCCAAAUCCACACUACCCAGGGCGCAGGCGAUAUCCUGGUCUUCCUAACUGGUCAGGAUGAGAUCGAGGCUGCAGAACAACAAAUUACGGACACCGCACGCAAAUUGGGUGGUCGGAUCAAGGAGUUGAUCAUCUGUCCUAUUUACGCCAAUUUACCAUCAGAUCUCCAGGCUAAGAUCUUCGAGCCGACACCGCCUAACGCCAGGAAGGUUGUCUUAGCCACCAAUAUCGCCGAAACUAGUUUGACUAUUGAUGGCAUCGUGUAUGUCAUUGACCCUGGCUACGUCAAGGAGAAUAUUUAUAAUCCAGCGACAAGAAUGUCAAACUUGGUUGCCGUCCCUUGUUCAAGAGCGUCUGCCAACCAACGAAGCGGCCGUGCUGGUCGUGUUGGACCCGGUAAAUGUUUCCGGCUUUACACCAAGUAUUCGUAUAUGAAUGAAAUGGACGAGUCCCCGACUCCAGAAAUUCAACGGACUAAUCUGAACAGCAUUGUCCUUCAGCUCAAGUCUCUUGGUAUUGACAAGCUCUUGGACUUUGACUUCAUGGAUCCACCCCCGACAGAAGCUCUCAUUGGGGCGUUGGACCAGCUAUAUGCUCUCCAAGCACUCAAUCACAAGGGCGAGCUCACAAAGAUGGGAAGGCAAAUGGCAGAGUUCCCAACCGAUCCUAUGCUUGCAAAAGCCGUGCUUGCCGCGGACAAGGAAGGUUGCGUAGAGGAGGUUCUGUCUAUCGUUUCGAUGCUGAGUGAGGCAUCUGCGCUGUUCUUCCGACCGAAAGACAAGAAAAUCCAUGCCGACAGUGCACGGCGGCGUUUCACUGUCAAGGAAGGCGGAGACCAUGUCACUCUUCUCAAUGUCUGGAAUCAGUGGGUGGAUAGCGACUUCUCUCAGAUCUGGUCCAAGGAAAAUUUCCUCCAGCAGCGCUCGCUGACCCGUGCCCGCGAUGUGCGUGACCAACUCGUCAAGCUCUGCGAUCGGGUCGAGGUGACGAUAUCCACCUGCGGAGCAAGCAAUUUACGUCCCAUACAGCGGGCCAUCACGGCUGGCUUCUUUCCCAACGCCGUGAGGAUUGAUAGGAGAGGUGAUGGGUACCGGACAAUGAAAAACAACAGCAGUGUAUGGGUUCACCCGUCAAGCGUUCUAAAGGAAGUAGACCCGCCACCGAAGACCAUCAUCUACCACGAGCUUGUGCAAACAAGCAAAGAGUACAUGAGAUCAUGCCUUCCUAUUGAAUUGAAGUGGCUGCAGGAAUUAGCGCCACACUUUUACAAGAAGAAGGAAAUUGAAGCUAUGGAGGAGAAGAAGAUGCCGAAGGCAAGAUGA